UCUCUUUCUUUCGUCUGCUCUCUUUGUUUACUUUGCUGCCGUCGAAAAAGCGCCUCAAUACUCAUUCUCAUUUCACCAUCUUGCCAUUCAUCACCUCGGUCUGGUCCCGGUCCUCAUCUGGCGCAUCUGGCGGGUCUUCUUCUUGUUAUCACUACACACGUAUUUUCACCCUAAUCAACCUACAGAAAUGGAUGACAACAAAGUCAGGGUCCUUAUCGUAGGAGCCGGUCUGGGUGGACUCGUUCUUGCCAUCCUGCUGGAGAAGGCGGGCAUUCCAUACCUAGUCUUUGAGCGGGCGAUCAAAGUGCGACCUCUUGGGUCCGCCAUGUUUGUGAACUGCAACAUCCUCCCUUUUUUUGAACAGCUGGGUAUCUACGACGAUGUCAGGGCCCUAGCGAAGCAAGUCAAGUACACCCAGGUCCUGAACCAUAAUAUGGAAGCCAUUGGGGGUAUCGACGCUUCGGAGACAGAAGAACGGUCUGGGUAUCCUUCCUUGAUUGUCCAGAGGCCAGAGCUCUACGAUCUGCUGUUAAAGAUGGUUCCUAAGGACAAGGUUCAUAUGAACCACAGGGUCUUGUCGAUCAAGCAGGACGAAUCAAUUGUCAAGAUCCGGUUCUCAGAUAACUCUGAAGCUCAGGGUGAUGUCCUUGUGGGGGCCGAUGGUGUCUAUAGUGCCGUGCGCCAGUCCCUCUUCCGACAACUCCAACUGAAGGGCGAACUACCAAAGUCAGAUCAACAAGACCUGACGUACUCACACAUCUGUCUUGUGGGAACCACACUACCAGCAGACCCUGCAAGGUAUCCGAUGGUGCUCGAAGAUGACUGCAAGCAUACCAUUCUCAUGGGUGACAAAGCACCGUAUUCGUUGUGGUGUUUUACGAUCCCAGGUAACCGCAUCUGCUGGAAUUUGACAAUCCAGCUCAAGAAAGAGCUGAGUAAGAAUGAUGACGCGUUUCGUAACUCGGAAUGGGGUCCUGAGGCAACAGAGUCUAUGUGUAAUGAAGUCAAAGACUUCAAAUCGCCUUAUGGUGGUACACUCGGCGAUCUGAUCGAUAUCACACCCAAGGAUCUGAUCAGCAAGGUUAUGUUGGAGGACAAACUGUUCCAGACAUGGACCAGCGGGAGAGUCGUGCUCAUGGGUGAUGCCUGCCAUAAGAUGUUGUUGAGCGGCGGUCAAGGCGCGAUCAAUGCGAUGCAGGAUGCCAUUGUUCUCAGCAAUAAUUUGAAUGAACUUCGGGGAAACAAACUGGACGAGAUUUCUGCUGCACUGAAGCACUACCAACAGUCGCGGUACAGGCACGCCGAGUUCAAUGUUAAUGCAUCCAAGCAACUCGGCAAGGCGCUCAUGGGUCAGACCAUGAUGGAAGAAUUCUUCCGUAGACUGACACUCAAUUAUAUACCCAAGUUCUUGGUGCGAAAGAUGCUUGACCGCAGUGGCGCCUACCGUCCACAGUCGACGAUCCUUCCGUCGAUAUCCGAGCGCGGCAUCGUCAAGGUCCUUCCACAAGCAGUGCCACUCAGGCACGGAGCGACGAGUAGCAGCAGUAAAUGCAAGGAUGUGGAUGGGCGCAUGGCAUAGUUUGGGUUCCGAGGCCAGUUUAGAGUUUAUACGGGCAAUGUUGCAUUCAUACAAUGAAAAACGAAUAGAGGACUUCACAAAACCUGCUUGCAUGGCUGCAUGGUUGCAUUGGUGCUCUUUAGAUACGAAUGCG